UAUGGAAUGCGAAUGCGAAUGGAAUGCGAAUGGAAUGCGACCUAUCGAUGUAAAUUUCGAGAACGCUCAGGAGGUAUGGAAGAAAAUUUAUGGAGAGUUUGAUUUUACAAAAGGCAAACCAAAGUUCAAGGAAGGAGAAAAUGUAAGGAUGAGUGUUGGGAAAGGAGCAUUUGAAAAAGGGUAUAUUCCAAAUUGGGGCGAUGAAAUUUUAGAAGUUGAUCAGGUGUUUAACCAAGCUAAACCAAUUCGAUACAAAGUUAGAGAUGAGAAAGGUGAAAGAUUCAAAGGCUCCUUCUAUGGAGAGGAGCUGGCUCGUGUGCGAAAAGAUGCAGAUACUGAGUACCGAAUUGAAAAGGUUUAUAGAAAGAGAAAGAGGGCAGAUGGAACAUAUGAGUUGUUAGUAAAAUAUAUAGGAUAUCCAGAACGAGAAUGGAUUUCAGAGUCGCAAUUAGUAUAA